AAACCUCACCUACUCUCGCGGGUCCUCAGCGUUCUCCUGCGGAACCUUUGAACCGCGUACUCGAGCCCACAGGGGAAAAGCAGCGGAAGGGGCCUUUCGGAACGAUUCGGAGCGAAAGGAAGUGGAACAAACGCGGAACCAUGGCCGCUAUGGUUGCUGUUUGCGGUGGUCUAGGGAGGAAGAAGUUGACACGCUUGGUAACGGCUGCUGUCAGCCUUACACAUCCCGGGACUCACACGGUGCUUUGGAGAAGAGGUUGUUCACAAUAUAAACAGGUAUCCAGCAACGAGGACCUGGUCUUUGUGGGAAGAAACAGAAAGAAAUCACAAAAGCAAUUAAGAGAGCUCAAAUACUGGGGUUUAUGCCAGUUACAUACAAGGAUCCUGCAUAUCUCAAGGACCCUAAAGUUUGUAACAUCAGAUAUCGAGAAUAAAUUAUAUCACAUUUCCACCAAUAAACUUAUUUUACAGUAAGUGGUUGUAUGAUGCCAAUAUUGACUCAAACCAAACUUUGGAUACAAAAGUGUUUGAGGAGUGAGGUAAAGAGUGACACUUCCCUUCAUACCAAUGUCCAUUAAGCAGAUUGCUUAUUUAAAAUGUUAACACUCAUCACAUUUUACAUAUGUUGAAUAAAAGUGGUUCUGUGUGAUUUUCAUUUAUAUCUGAUUCCCAAAUAGCUCAUACAAUAAUCCAUUCAAUUGAAUGGAAUUAAAACUGCUCAGAAUGAUUUUCCAACUAGCAAAUGUAAGUAUGCCUGGUUAAGGUAUCUUCCCUUUGUAGAAAUGUUACAUUGGGAUGGAUAGUGGUGUUGUCACAGGAGGACAAAAUAUUCCUAGACAAGUCUAUCCUCAAACCAGUAGUGUCUUUUACAUAAAGAUGAUUUACACCUAAUAGACAUUGAAUAUGAUAGACAUGUAUGUAUGUAUGUACCAAUUCUGAGUUCCACUGGCCUAUCCCAAAUACACUGGAUUACCAGGCUUGUACUGUAUUCAAACUGAUGGAUUUGCUAAAUUUUGUGCAAAGGACUCUAGGGGAGAGAUUACUGUUUGUGUUGCAUUAUAGUUGUGUAAUAAUUAAGGCUGCCAGAUUUAGCAAGUACAAAUGUAGGACAAAUUUAAAUUUUAGAUGAUGUUUUGCAAAUUUAUUGCAUGGUAUCCAGCAUUUUAUCUGGCAACUCUAGCCAUAAUGUACUU